CAGAGAGGCUUUAUUUAAACACAAAGCAAAGAUUAGUGAGGAGCAACAGCUGCUCCUGGUAACAAAGAUUUUGACUGUUUUUUUUUUUUGAGAAGUUGUUUUUGAAGAAAGGUUCUCCCAAGUUAACUGGCAUUUGAUGUAAAAGUGUUUUAAGUCGUUGCUUUUGCUCAGUUAUGGCAUCACUAACAUCUUCCAGCCAAAGAUCAUCAUACAGUUCUUCAUCACGUUACAGCACUUCCAGUUCCUACAGAUCAGAAGGAUCACUAAAUGGAUCAUCAGACUCCGUUGAGAGCAUUUUUGAGCCUUUUUUCGAUUCUGCCAUUUGUUCCAGUCCGUUUGGAGAAGAGAGCCCUGGGAGACCCAACUAUCUGCACCACUUUACCAGGCACAGCAGAUCCUCUUAUGAACAUCCUGCUCCUGUAGGUGGUUCUGUGACGGGUUUACAGACUGGAUCAUGCAGUGGGGUUCAGUGUCUGGGCGACACCUACUACAUGUCAGUUGACAUCAGCCAGUUUGAGCCCCAUGAUGUUGUGGUGAUGGCAUUCAAUAACCAAGUUGUCAUUCAUGCCCAGAAGGUUCUGGAUGAUGGAAGUGUCAAAGACACUUUUACCCAAAAGUCCUCUUUCCCAGAGGACAUGGAUCCCCUGUCGGUGGGUGGGACCCUGAGCUCUGAUGGGACACUGCUUGUGAGCGUUCAUCGAACCGCAGCUCUUGGUGUACCAGACCCACUGAUUGUUCCCACACGUGAGAUUCACGUUUGACCUCAGUCCUCACUGUUUGUAUUUCAACAAUAUUAAGCAUUAAUAACAAGGACAAUAAACAUAUAUUCUUACCUCA